AUGUUUCUCAAUAAGGCCGCAAAUCCAGGCUAUUUCACACACGGCCGCAAUCUCCUCGGCUCCAUCAACCGCGGCGUCAACCGAAGUGCCGCGCUACAGAGCUAUGGGAGACUGGCCGGCGAAGAAGCCCACAAGUCUCUACAACACUGGUCGCAGAUGCCAGACGUGGAGAUAUUCGAGAGCAUCUCCCGGUUUGUGCAUCGAGUCAUCGUCCGCUGCAUGAUGGGCGAAGAUUUCUACGACCACCAUGUGGAUGAGCUAUACGACCUCCUUCAACAGAUGGAGUCACUAGUAGGCCAUCCCUUCAAUUUACUGUUACCAUCCUGGGUUCCACACCUACCGGGGCGACAGUUGGCCCAAGCCCGAAAUCGGUUUGCUGAGAUCUUUCGUGAACGCCUGGCGGCUCGCCAGCUAGAAUCGGACGUUUGGCGCGACUCGUUGGAUUACAUCAACUACACGCUAAACGAUCCCCGAACUGCCCAGCUCGCAGAUUAUUACCCAUCCCACCAUGUGGUACUAAUGUUUGCGGCACACACCAGCACCGUCGCCAGCAUUGCCUGGACGAUUGUCGAGGUAAGCCUUUCCACGUGGCUGCUGCGGAAGUUGGACCUGACCUCCUCAUACAGUUGCUCCGCCAUCCCAUAUACCAAGAGGAAAUUCGAGAGUCUCUGGCCACCAUGUCGCCGGUACUCUGGGGUGCACAUGUUCCGCACAACUAAACAGCCCGUCAGCCUCGAAGGGAGCGACUAUACGGUCCCGGAGAAAUCGGUCGUUCUCAUCUCUCCCUACCUGACACACCAUGAUCCAGCCAUUUACCCGGAACCACACGAAUAUCAGCCACAUCGAUGGCUCCUCCCCGACGGCCGACUCAAUCCCUGGAAUGGCUCGAAGGAAGCGGCCUUCCUGCAGUUCGGCGCAGGAAACCAUCGUUGCCCGGGUGAAAACUUUGCCGCCAUCAUUGCGCGUGAGUUUCUCGCUGCGCUCCUGAUGAAGUACGAAAUUGAGUGGGGUCGUGACGGAGCACCCGCGGAUUUGUCGCGACUCGAUUUUACGAAGGUGGGAAGCCCUUGGCUGGAGGGAGAUGCUGCGGUGCGCAUUCGGCCGCGUGUGUUUGGGUCUUGA